CGUGUUUAUCGCUGCCGUCGUCUUGCACUGUUCGGUAACCAGCCGGUGUGUCUUUCCACCCCUGCCAGAUGUGGUUUGAAGGUUGUGCUGCCUGCCUGCCUGUAAUUUUAUCCGCCCAAUCCACUCUAAUAUUUGUUUGACUAAUCGCUUGACUUGAGAUACCUUUUAUAGACCUUUGAAACGCUGCAUGAUUUGAUCUUCGAGUUGUAUCGAACUGGGGUAUGGAGUCAAGAGAUUGUUUGUUUGAAAUAAUGCUCUUUAAGUGAUCGCACAAGGCCGCCUUACUGCAACCAGAACUGCACAUCUUUCUUCAGAGGUCUCACCACUGAAUUGCAGCUUCAUGAUGUCCCAACUUGUGCUCAGUGGUCUGUGCAAUAAAGGUUUCUAGCUAACCACCUUUCAGAGAGCUGUCAGCCCCUUGAAUCGUGUCCGUAGCUUAGUUUUUUGGAGUAUAAAUCUGUGGACGCAUCCUUUUACACCUAAAGACUUUCGAAGUACCACUUUGAAACAAACAUGUUGGCAGAGAUGGGGGCACGAGCUGCCCAGGUAUAUGAAAAUCUUCUGAAAGGAGAUCCAAGGAUUGAAGAAUAUCCACUAAUGGUAUCGCCAGUCCCUAUGACUGCUAUCCUCUUGUUCUACGUGUAUUUUGUACUGUCGCUGGGACCCAGAUUCAUGGCUAGCAAGAAGCCCUUUGACCUUAAAAAGAUUAUGGUUGUCUAUAAUUUUGCACUGGUGUUUUUCUCGAUGUACAUAGUAUAUGAGUUUUUGAUGGCUGGCUGGGCUACAGGAUACACAUUCCGGUGUGAUCCUGUGGAUUAUUCCAAUAGCCCCAGAGCUCUUCGAAUGGUACGUGUGGCGUGGCUGUUCUUAUUUUCAAAAUUUGUUGAACUGUUUGAUACGGUGUUCUUUGUCUUGCGAAAGAAAAACAGCCAGAUUACCUUCCUUCACAUUUUCCACCAUUCCAUCAUGCCUUGGACCUGGUGGUGGGGAGUUAAGUUCGGACCAGGUGGUAUGGGAUCCUUCCAUGCUAUGGUGAACUCUAUCGUCCAUGUCAUCAUGUACUUCUAUUAUGGAUUGUCUGCAGCCGGUCCAGCUUUUCAGAAAUACCUCUGGUGGAAAAAGUAUAUGACAGCGAUACAGCUGGUCCAGUUUGUCAUCGUUUCUCUGCACGUCACCCAGUACUACUUCAUGGAUCACUGUGAUUACCAGUUCCCCAUCUUCAUCCACCUAGUGUGGAUGUAUGGAACAUUCUUUUUCAUCCUUUUCUCCAACUUCUGGUACCAAGCGUACACAAAGGGCAGGAGGCUUCCCAAAGGCAGAGAACAAAAACAGAAAGCAGCCAUGAAGAAUGGAAGGCCAGUAGCAGAAAAUGGCAGGCACUUGCUGGAAAAUGGGGAGGUGAUGAAUGGAAAAGUGAAGACCAAUUAGCAGGAACGUAACUUUUUUAAAAAUAAAACCAAUUAUUGUAUUUUUGUUUUUGGCAAGUUUUCAGGAGGGAGGGUGCAGCGAUUUAAGCUGGUUUUGAACUUAAGAAUUUCAUGCAGUCGAUUUGAUCACUCUGGCACCACGUUGAAAUUCAACCUGGGGAAAGUUGUCUGACUAAAUGUUUUAAGGAUCCUGUGUAAUUAACAAAUGAUGGGUUUAUGGCUAAUCAAGUCUUGGUUUUGUUUGGAAUCCUUGCACUUCUCUAAUUGACAUUGGUUGCAAGGAUAAAGCAGAUUAUGUAACAUGGGAAAGGUGGACCCCAUGCCUCUGACUACGAGAAGGCCAGUUCAACGCUCGUCUGUGCUUCAGGCUGAUCUGUGGGUGCUCUGUUUCCUGAGCAGUUGAACACGUGCAAUUUUCCAGUCUCUGCUAUCCUCUUCCACCACCAGUGUUGCAUCUAAUAAUACCCCAGAUCUGCAAAGAACUAAUGGUGUAAUGGUGUUGCCUUUAACCCUUCCUCUGAAAAUCUGCAAACAAUUAAACCUGUAAUGCUGUUGAUUCUAGCCACCAUCACUCAGCAGUUGAAGGCCAUAUGAGACUUACUUCAAAUGGCCCACCUGGUUGGGUCUGUCUUUUGUAAUUUAUAAUAUCUAGUUACAAAUGAAGUUUCAAGCUCUUGGCACUAUAAAAUGUAAUUAUACUAAUUAGGUUUUUUAGAUUUUUAUUUACUUGACUCUAGCAAUGUUGCUGUAUAUUUUGGGAAUGAAGGAAACCACAAUAUUUAAGAGAAGCUGCUAGAUGGGACAGUGUUAAUGUGGUCCAUACAGCAGAGAAUUUUUUAUUAACGUUUUUGUGGUGGGCAGGUAGAGUCAGCUUUUAACCAUUCAGUACUUGCUAAAUGCCCUGUAGGCAGAGAGUCCCAUGAGUAACCCUUUUCCUCUUGAUCUGUCAUCUAAUGGGGACAGAAUAACAAGCCAGUCAAAGGGUAGUUCUCACACCCGCUAUCAGUGAGUUCUACUUGGUCCCUGGAGAGUGAGGUCUACUGAAAUGGAUACUGUGGCUGUAAUCAGAAUUGUCUAAUCCAUGUGUGGUAGAGCAAACAUUCCUUUUAAGAAGGCUGCAAACUUUCAGCUUAGGACUUGCUGGAAUUAUACCUCCUUUUUUUUCCUACUUUUUUUUUCAAGAGAUCCCCCUCCCUUUUUUAUUCUCAGCUGUACUAUUCCAACCCAAUGUUGCAGGAUUAAUUGGACUUAAAUUGAUACUGUGUAUACACGGCAAUUUCCCUUCAGUUGCUGCAUGCUGUAGACAAAAGUGAGCAUCGUUUUGAUACAACCCCUGGCCAUAAACUCAAUGGCAUUUAUUAGCCAUAUCAGACUCUAUUUUAGGGGUAGAAAGUACAGUACAGAGCAGGGUAGGGGAAAGAAAGCACUACAGCUAUAAUCUUUAGUUCUUUGCAAAUCUAUCUUGUUGCAGUCAAGAAAAUCCCCAUGAGUAAUAACAGUGAAGGAAUAUCUAAUGGGAUUAUGAUAUCACAGGAGCACGUUCCAAUAGGAAUUUUCUGACUCUGAAAUAAAUUCAAUUUGGAAACUCA